GCGCGCAGUUUCUGCUUCAGUGUCCGGGAGGAGUCGGGGGCGGGGCUGGAGCCCGAGCCGCCGGGUGACGUCACCACGCUUCCGGCCGGAGCGGGCCUGGCAGCGGCGGGACCGCGUCACUGGGGCGCGCCGCGGGUCCGGGCGCGAUGGCGGCGCUGGGCGGGGACGGGCUUCGCCUGCUGUCGGUGUCGCGGCCGGAGCGGCAGCCCGAGUCGGCGGCUCUGGGCGGUCCAGGCCCCGGUUUGUGCUGCUGGGUGUCCGUGUUCUCUUGUCUCAGCCUCGCCUGCUCCUAUGUGGGCAGCCUCUACGUCUGGAAGAGCGAGCUGCCCAGGGACCAUCCUGCCGUAAUCAAGCGGCGCUUCACCAGUGUCCUGGUAGUGUCAAGUCUCUCGCCCCUCUGCGUGCUACUCUGGAGGGAACUUACAGGCAUCCAGCCAGGCACAUCCCUGCUCACCCUGAUGGGAUUCAGGCUGGAGGGCAUUUUUCCAGCAGCGCUGCUGCCCCUGCUGCUGACCAUGAUCCUUUUCCUGGGCCCACUGAUGCAGCUCUCUAUGGAUUGCCCCUGUGACCUGGCAGAUAGGUUGAAGGUUGUCCUAGCCCCUCGCUCCUGGGCCCGCUGCCUCACAGACAUGCGCUGGCUGCGGAACCAAGUGAUCGCCCCCCUGACAGAGGAGCUGGUGUUCCGGGCCUGCAUGCUGCCCAUGUUAGCACCGUGCACAGGCCUGGGCCCUGCUGUGUUCACCUGCCCACUCUUCUUUGGAGUUGCCCAUUUUCACCACAUUUUUGAGCAGCUUCGUUUCCGCCAGAGCAGUGUGGGGAGCAUCUUCUUGUCUGCAGGAAGGGCAUGCAGGUGUGGUCACUCGAGGCCUCCCCGUCUCCAGCGUUCCAGUUCUCCUACACAGCUGUCUUCGGUGCCUACACUGCUUUCCUCUUCAUUCGCACAGGUCCCAUUCCAGACUCAAGGAGGUUGUCCCAAGUCCCCUUCCCUGAGGCUGGUUGUCGAAGGAAAGGAAACCGCUGUGCAGUCACUCCCCAGAGCUCCCGCAGGUUGGCUGUGGCUAAACUGGAUCUAAAAGGGCAUCGUGACAGUCACAUACCUACCUCCCUGGAGAGCUUUCCUCUCCCCCAGCCUGUGUAGCAGCUGUCAGGGAAGCCAAGGAAUUGAGUACAGGCUGGUUUUAGAGGGUACAUUUGGGAUCUGGGAGUCGAGAGAGGAGGCGGCCCAGGACCACACCAAAGGUUAGAUGUAGUACCCUGAGAGCACUAGGCUGGCAGGGUGCUGGGAUGUACUUCCUGCCUGGUCCCCUGAGGGUCAGGGGAUCUGGGCUCUGUCCCUCCUCUUCCUUAUGCUCCUGCUCAGGAACUGCCCAGGAUCCCCCUGCCUUUCUCUUUCCUCACCAUCCUUACCUCCCCUGUGCGGUGGGCAGCGGUGCAGUGACACGGGCAGGAUUGCUGUCCCACCCCACAGGUGAGGGAACUGCAGGGAAGAAUUGGGAUUCUCCCGAGGGCUGAUUUGGGGGUCAGGGGGUCAGGCAGGAUUAGAUCCUGGGACUCAGUCCAGUGCUUCUAACCUCCCACCAAAAUCCACACCCAGAGGUUCCCACACCCAAGGGUCUCGUCUGCCUCUGGAAAGUGGUGUCUGUUUGCAUCUAGUUCUGGAUAGGGUGGUGGGUUGGUCCCAGCUUAGAAAAUAAAGCAGUGUAGUUGAGAAGCAAGUCCACCAGCAGCCUGGGUUUGAACUCUCUCUGCCUCUUAACUAGCUGUCAGGUCCUGGACAAGUUAUUUAACCUGCCUAUGACUCCAUUUCUGUGUCUAUAAAAUGGGUGAAAGUGUUAA